AUAUGAACAUUUUUUCCACUUACGUUGCCAUGUUGUUCUUGUUUAUGAUGAUGAUGAUCAUCUGUUGCAGCAUAGGGUUCAGCCAUUGUUGCAUGGACGAGGAGAGGACGGCUCUUCAGGCUAUCACAGAAUCAAUGGGCUACGGACACGAUUCGUACGAGCAUUCGUAUCGAGCUAGAUUCUUCGAUGAUUGCUGCAGGUGGGAAGGUGUUCAUUGUAGUCCCACGAGCUCUCAAGUCAUCGGCAUUUACUUUUACUUCAUCAGGAAAGAUGCUGAGGAUGAAUGGUUUCUGGAUAUGAGUUUGUUUUCUAAGCUCAAGCAGUUGCAGGAAUUGCAUCUCGUGGGGAACAACAUCGGUGGACUCGAUAAUCCCGAAGCAAUAUGUGAGCUUACUAACUUACGAUGGCUGGAUCUUUCGAUUAACUUGAUUGAAGACGACGUGCCGCGUUGUUGGGGCAAUAUGCCGUCGCUUCGAACUCUAGACUUGUCGAUGAACGGAUUCCGGGGAAACCUCACCUACAUCCUUGCUAAUGUAUCAAAGAAAAUCGAGAUCAUCAAAGUUUCGCAUAACAUUUUCGAGGGUUUUGUACCGUUUUCGAUCUUUGCGAAUCUGUCAAAGCUGAGCCAUCUGGAUCUGUCCUACAAUUACCAUUUGGAAGUCGAAACCGAAGAUCCGAAUUGGUACCCUUCUUUCCAAAUACAACACUUGCUUUUGGCUGCCUGCAACUUGAAUCAUCAGAGUGAUCAUGUGAUUCCUAGGUUUCUUUCAACACAAGUUAACCUACAAACCCUGGAUUUAUCCAGUAACUCACUGGUCGGAAAAUUUCCGACUUGGAUGCUUCGUAAUGUUUCUUCGGUGUUGAGCCUGAGAAGCAAUUGUUUUGUUGGUCAGUUGCCUGAAGAACUCGAAAACAACUCUACGAUUACUUUGUUAGAUAUCUCUGAUAAUCUUUUUGAUGGCUAUUUGCCCUCAAAAAUUGAUCAAAUACUCCCUCAGCUGCUUGGAUUCAAUGCCUCAUCUAAUCGAUUUUCGGGUAAUAUUCCGCUCUCCUUUGGUGAAUUGAAACAUUUAGAAAGGUUAGACUUGUCUAACAAUGGUUUCACCGGGACCGUCCCCGUUAAUCUAACUCGGAAUUCACCGUUAUGGUACUUGAAUCUGUCGAACAAUAGCUUGCACGGCAAGCCGCUUCCCGGGAAUUGCAGUAUGCCCAAAUUGGCAUGGUUACUGCUUCAGCAUAAUCUCUUUGAUGGGGAAUUUCCAGCUUGCUUGUCCAAUAGUCUGUCACUGAGACUGGUAGAUGUACGAGAUAAUCGUCUCUCGGGAACCAUCUCGAAUUUGCCUGCUCUGAUGCAAUUAGGAGCAUUUCUCGUGGGACGGAAUCGAUUCUCGGGACAACUUCUCGAGCAAUUAUGUGAAAUGCAAAGGAUACAGUUGCUGGAUUUCUCAAGCAACGGAUUCUCAGGGAACAUUCCUUGCUGCCUAAGUAACAACACAGUCUGGAAAAACAAGUUCCAAGCAAAUUCAUGGGUUCCAAUAGAUUUCACCACCAAGGGGCAAUCACUUUCGUACCAGGGGAUCCCUCUGACACUAAUGACCGGAAUCGAUUUCUCGGAGAAUUCAUUAACCGGGACGAUUCCGUAAGAGAUCGGCAAACUAUCGGAGCUGCAUUCUCUGAACCUGUCAAAUAAUCAAUUAACCGGUCACAUUCCAACAUCUUUUGAAGCACUCAAGAACCUGGAGAGCUUGGAUCUUUCCCACAACAAUCUAACAGGACCAAUCCCUCCUGGAAUCACACGGAUUACUACAAUCGCAAAGUUUUCUGUAGCAUUCAACAAUCUCUCAGGAUUGAUCCCAUUUACUGCACAAUUUUCGACAUUCUCCAAAACCGACUUCGAAGGCAACCCGGAACUGUGCGGCGGAGUAGUCGAAAGAAAAUGUACUGGAAAUGAUGAUGAUGAUGGUGAUGAUGAUGAUGAUGGAAGAAAAGAGAAUUCCAUUGAAAAGGAAGAGGAGAGGUUGAUUGAUAGGCCUUUGUUUUUCUAUGCAUUUGUGUUUGUAUCGUAUGGUGUGGGAUUCUGGGGUUUUAUUGCACCACUUUACAUGAGUGUAACUUGGAGGAGAAAAUACUUUGCCGCCAUUGAUGGAUGGAUUCAA